UUCUCUGCACCACCACCCCAGAGAACCUAAUAACCCUAGCUUCUCCCAGCUAUAUUUUACUUAACCUAUCUACUACCAAGUAUUAGUAUUAUUAGCUAGGGUUUGGGAGAUGGAUUCCAAGAGCUCUGCAUCAAUUGCUCUCUUUCUUUCAAUCAACCUUGUCUUUUUUGCCUUUGCAUCUGCCUGUGGUUCUUGCUCUAGCCCUUCAAAGCCACAGCCAAUUAAGCCAACUCCAACAUCUCCCAUCCCUGCAGCCAAGGGCACCUGUCCUAGGGAUGCCUUGAAACUGGGUGUAUGUGCUAAUGUGCUUAAGUUGGUAAGCGUCAGUGUUGGCACCCCACCAUACCUCCCAUGUUGCAGUCUCAUCAAAGACCUUGCAGAUCUUGAGGCUGCUGCGUGCCUUUGCACAGCCAUCAAAGCCAAGGUCUUGGGCAUCAACCUCAAUGUCCCAGUUUCUCUCAGCUUGAUUCUCAACAACUGCGGUAAGAAGGUUCCUACUGGCUUCAAAUGUGCCUAAGCAAAUCCCCCCCCCCCCUUUCUGUGUGUGGCGUUUACCAAGUUAUGAUGAGCUCCUGGCAUAGCUACUAGGAGAAGGGCUUUAAUUUGUAGCUACCUAGCGUUUAUCUAUUAUUGGGUUGGUUCACCUUCAAUAAUUAAUAAAUAUGUGAGUGCCAAUUUGUACUUCUCUAUCUAUCUGCUAUGUAUUUAUAAACCUUUGCUUUGCAAGAUCAUUUAUUUGAUUUUGUAAUAAGAGUAAAAUUCCUUCCUUUCUGAA